AUGUCACCUAUGAGCAAUAUGUUUGUUAUGGGAGAUGAUGUAAAUGGAUUUGUUCUCGAAAAUGAUACUACAGUCCGAAGUAUCUUGAACAUUGUUGACUACGCACCAGACAUAUCAGCACUACAAGCGAACGUCUCUACAUUGCAAGGGAACGUCUCUACAUUACAAGCGAAUGUCUCUACAUUACAAUCGAGUAUCUCAACAAAACAAGAUGUUCUCACAAACAGUAGUCCAUUAUCGGUGGCAGCCAUCAUUUCCAACGAUACCGCUGAUUCAACAUCACCCAUCACUGGAGCACUUCAAGUGAAGGGUGGAGCAGGAAUCGCUAAGAAACUAUGGGUUUCUGGUGCACAAAUGACCGUCCAAAAUACUAACUAUAGUGUUGGACAAACCAAUACCCUCAUGUUUUCACACGCAACGCAAAAUAUAUGUUCUAUACAAUCCUAUUUGCCUGGUAGUAACAAUGUAGACCUGAAUUUCUAUGUCGGACAAAACAACGCAUCUAUUCAAAGUAUGUCGCUUAAUGGAGCAACCGGAAAUGCUUAUUUUGAUAGAGAUGUCAUCAUCGGAAACACCAGUGUAAAUGCUUUAAGAAGCAUUCAGGUCAAGAAUGUAGACACAGGAACAAAUGCUUGUUCGAUUUUGUAUCUAACUGCAUCCGGUGGUUCGUCUGUUCUUUUUAUGAAUGGAAGUAAUCGUUCAGUUGAUGGAGCGCAGAAUUGUUUGACUCUUCGUAAUGACGUGGGUGCCUUGCGCCUUCAAUCUCAGGGAGCAAAAGGUAUUUACGUUUAUCCUAACACAGGUAAUGUCGUUGUUGAAAGCACCACUCCAGCGUUAUUGAGUACAACUGGCGCUUUGGUGGUUGCAGGUGGACUUGCGGUCGGUGCCCAUGUCGUAUCAGGUGGAAACCUUUAUGCAAAUACAGCGGUCUACGCUAAUGGACAAAAAUGUGCGACUGAACAAUGGGUCUCUACACAAGUACAAGCCUUCCCUAAGAUUCAGGUGUUCAAGAUGCUAACUAAAGAUGUAAUCACAACUGGUAGCGGAACAAAGACAUUCUAUGUUUCUACAGCCGGCCGGGCAUUGAUACGCUAUACCAUCAACUUGCAUGGCACCAAUAAUGCAGGAGGAACGCUCAAUGUGUAUCUAGGAACUAAUGCCGGUUCGAUGCCGUCAGUCUUUUCCAGUGAUUUUAACUAUAAUGCUGGAGUGAACAGAACAAUUUAUGCCUCAUUCAUCGUGUCGGGUUUAGUUCCUGAUGUAGCAUAUUUUACCAAUUUUUCAGCAGUAAAUGCAGCACCGGACAUAAGUGCAGACGUAACAAUUAUAGAGAUUACGGAACUUGGUGCUUAG